ACUGGGUGCCAGUUUAAAAAUUCCGUUGCAAAGAGACGGACGUGACUAUUUACAAUGAUUACAUUGACAAUACUUCUAGUUGUCACAGCGGUUAGUCAGUGCUUUUGCUACGAAGCAAAGCCCUGCAAUCCAAAUGACUGUCGGCUUCCCGAUUGUCGAUGUGCCGGUAUCGAUAUACCCGGAAAUAUUCCGCUACACGAAACGCCGCAGUUCGUUACGAUUACUUUCGAUGACGCUGUCACAUUCCUGAACAAUGACUACUAUCAGAAAGCAUUCCCCGACCGAGUAAAUCCGGAUAGUUGCCCGGUUGCUGCAACGUAUUACAUUUCUCACGAAUAUACGGAUUACAGUUUGGUUCACAAACUAUACCGUCAAGGACACGAAAUCGCUUUGCAUUCCAUUACUCACUUCUCAUCGACCGAAUAUUGGAAGAAACUUUCCGUGUCUGGGUUGGCGGACGAAUUUGCUGGCCAAAAAGUGCUGACAUCUCAUUUUGCCAAAAUCCCAUCCGACGAUUUACAAGGAAUUCGAAUGCCAUUUUUACAAAUGAGCGGUGACAAGGGCUUCGAAAUGUUAAACAAGGAACGAAUCAAUUUCGAUUCAUCUUGGCCGAGCCAAAAGGCUCCGGGACUUUGGCCAUAUACAUUAGACACGCUGUCGACCCAAGACUGCGUUAUUGGACCAUGCCCGACAAACAGUUGGAAUGGGACAUGGGUUCAACCGAUGUUGUCGUGGGUGGAUCCCAGAAACUACCAUUGCUCUAUGGUUGAUAUGUGCUUGGGAUUGCCUGAAGACGUUGAUGGUUUGGUCAGUUUCAUGAUUGAUAAUUUCAACCGAAAUUACUUGACAAAUAAAGCUCCCUUCGGAUUCUAUGUCCAUUCCGCAUGGUUUAUCGUCGGCCAAAAUCAUUUUGCUGCUUUUGUGAAAUUUAUCGAUUACUUACAAGGAUUGCCGGACGUGUACUUGGUUGGCGCUUCUGACGUUUUAAAAUGGGUGAAAAAUCCAGUCAGCAUUUCCAAGAUGAAAAAUCCAUCAUGGUCAAACUGUAGAAUGCCUACUGCUCCUGACUGUGUCGCAAAAAGUUGCAGGCUAAAGAAAAAUGGACAGGAACGAUAUAUGACACAAUGCCUGAGUAAGUGUCCGGCAACGUAUCCCUGGUUAGGAAACCCUCUAGGGGAGGUCAAUUACAAUUUGUGAACGUAAACACAUACGCAGAAUGACUGGACGCAUAGCACUGUUCCUAGCAUUAACACAGCAAAUAUUUGGUGGUUUUGCAUUCCUUUCGUUAAGACAGAGGUCAUGCCUUCUUAGUGUGAGUUAAUAAAACACACAACACAUGCACGCAUGCAUGUAUCAAAAAUUGGAAGCUUUUUGACGUCUGUCACACGACUGUUAAUGCUAGAAACAGUGCUAUGUUGAACGUCUUAUGAUUUGAUUGAUCGAAAUACAAUUUCAUUUUAUUGCUUCUU